AUCCAAAUCUUCAUCCAAACAAUUAAUUCUUAUGGCUUCUACUUCAUUUAUCAUUAUCCACUUACUCUUCUUCUUCGUCUCCCUUUCUACUGCACAAACUUCUUCAAAACCCAAGGCGCUAAUCCUCCCCGUCGCCAAAGAUGACGCUACUCUCCAAUACGUAACCCACCUCAAUAUGGGAACUCCUCUGGCCACGAAAAAAUUCGUCGUCGAUUUAGGAGGCAAUCAUUUAUGGAUGGAUUGUGACGACGGAUCAUAUGUCUCAUCCACUUUUAAGCAAAGUCUCUGUGGUUCAGCUCCAUGCUCCGUCGCUAAAGCUACUUGUAAUAACGCCUGCCUUCCUGGUCACCAUAGACCAGGAUGUAACAACGAAACUUGUUAUGUUUUAUCUGUUAACACCAUCAAAGGUAAUCUUGAAGUUGGCCUUGUUUCUAGAGAUGUACUCUCCUUUCAAUCCACCAUGAACCGCGGCGUUAAGGCUGGUGCGUCGUCGUCCAAGCCAGUGGCUGUCGCCGAUUAUAUAUUUGCUUGUGCUAACGCUUGGGAUUUAAAAAGUCUAGCUGCUGGUUCUAAUGGAAUGAUCGGUAUGGGAAGAGAACAAAUUGGUUUACCUAAACAACUUUCUUCAUCAAUGGGCGGCAGUCUUAAGCGUAAAUUCGCUAUAUGUUUGCCGUCAACUUCGAAAUCUACUAACGGCGGCUUUAUGAUCUUUGGUGACGCUCCUUAUGUAUUCUAUCCAAACUACAAUACAUCAAAAGCCAUCGACGUCUCAUCAACAUUCACACACACAAAACUCUACGUCAAUACUAUCUUCACCGGCUCAUCCGUCGUAAUACGAGGCCCUCCGUCGCCGGAAUACUUCGUCAAAGUCACGUCCAUUUUAAUAAACAGAAAACCAAUUUCCAUAAACAGAAACUACCUCGAAUUCCACCGGAAUGGAACCGGAGGAACAAAGAUUUCCACCGUGGAACCCUACACUAAACUCGAAACCUCCAUCUACAAAUCUCUGGUUAAGGCAUUUGACGAGGAGAUAACGUCAGUCUGGAAAUCAAGAAAGGUGGCGCCGGUAGCGCCGUUUCAAGAUUGUUACAGCAUUGGAAACAUGGGCAUGACUGGUCUAGGGAUCGGUGUUCCUGACAUAACAUUUGAAUUCGAGAAUAAUGAGAGGAUUAGAUGGGGAAUGUAUGGAGCUAAUUCAAUGGCGGAGGUGAGCCGCGACGUGGUGUGUUUGGCGUUUAUGGACGGAGGUGAAAUGGCGUUUACUACAACGCCGAUCGUGAUAGGAGCACACCAGUUGCAGGAUAAUCUUGUUCAUUUUGAUCUUGAUUCUAAUAGGCUUUCAUUUACUGAAACUCUUUUGUGGGGAGAAAUUGAAUGUUCCAAUUUCAAAUUUUAGCAUCUAACAAAGAUUUAUUUUGGCCA